AUGAAGAAAGAACUUUGGUACAUGGUGUAUUUCCACCUUGUACUCUUGGUGUUUAUAGUAUACACAAUGUUUGAUCUUAUGGCUUUAACCAUCGAUACUACAUUCAAGGACGCUUUGACAAGUACAGAUUUGAAUCCUCCUUCUACUGCUGUGCAGCACGCUCAAUUGAUCCCAAAGAUUAUCCAUCAGACGUAUAAGACUGAGGAAAUUCCAGAACAUUGGAAGGAUGGUCAACGUAAAUGCAUCGAAUUACAUCCAGAUUAUAAGUAUUUCCUCUGGACGGAUCAAAAGUCAAGACAAUUCAUUCAAGAAGAGUACCCAUGGUUCUUGGAAACUUUUGACAACUACAAGUACCCAAUUCAAAGGGCUGACGCGAUAAGGUAUUUCGUAUUAUCCCAUUUCGGUGGUAUCUAUAUCGAUUUGGAUGACGGUUGUGAGAGAAGGCUAGAUCCUUUACUCACGGUACCGGCGUUCGUUAGAAAGACUAGCCCCACUGGUGUCUCGAACGAUGUCAUGGGUAGUGUUCCAAGACAUCCUUUCUUCUUGAAAGUGUUAGAAUCGUUGAAAAGAUAUGACAACAAUUGGGUUAUCCCAUAUUUAACUAUCAUGCUUUCGACCGGUCCGCUGUUUAUCUCCUUAAUUUGGAAACAGUACAAAAGAUGGGGGGUGCCCGAAAAUGGUGUCGUUCGAAUUUUGCUUCCUUCCGAUUAUAAGAUGCAUGAGACCUCGUUCUUUGCUAUCUCCGAAGGUUCAUCCUGGCAUUUAGGCGAUGCUCAUUUCAUCAAAUCUUUGGCUGACUAUAUCCCAUUGUGCGUAGUAGUGGGCUUUGUUAUUGCAUUCAUUAUCAUGUACGCGGAAUACCGCUUACUGUGCUGGCUAAUCACUGGUGGUGCUUGGUCCAGAUUCUACAACUCAGUAAUAUACUCCCUUGGGUUAUCACGUUCUCGUACUGGUAACGAAAACGUCGAAUUAGGUCAAUUUAGAAGAUUAAGAAAGGAUUCCAAUCUGCCAACUAAAAUCUGCAUCUCAGAUAUUGAAAAGCAAGAUCCAAAGUUUACGGAUUUGAGCCAUUGUUAA